GGAGCCCGCGGCCCUCCCGGCCGCCCAGCCUGCGAGAGGAGUCGAGGCCGCCCGCGCUCGCAUCUCGCCGGCCCCUCCCCCGAUCGCCGCGGCCGCUGCGCCGCCGCUGCAGGAUAGCUAACAGCCAGGAGAAACGCAGUGGAAAAUGCAAAACAACGAAAUCAUAAAACCUGCCAAAUACUUCUCAGAAUUGGAGAAGAGCAUCCUGCUGGCGUUAGUAGAAAAGUACAAGUAUGUGCUGGAAUGUAAGAAAAGCGAUGCGCGAACUAUUGCCCUCAAGCAGCGCACCUGGCAGGCGCUUGCCCACGAGUACAACUCCCAGCCCAGCGUGUCGCUGCGGGAUUUCAAACAGCUGAAGAAGUGCUGGGAGAACAUCAAGGCUCGGACCAAAAAGAUUAUGGCCCACGAGAGGAGAGAGAAAGUGAAGCGCAGCGUCAGCCCGCUUCUGAGCACCCACGUCCUGGGGAAGGAGAAGAUUGCCAGCAUGCUGCCGGAACAACUGUACUUCCUGCAGAGCCCUCCCGAGGAGGAGCCCGAGUACCACGCUGAGGCCGCUGCCCAAGAAUUAAAUGUGAGGGAAUCUGAUCUAAGAGUUUGUGAUGAAUCGUCAUGUAAAUAUGGAGGAGUCUGUAAAGAAGAUGGAGAUGGUUUGAAAUGUGCAUGUCAGUUUCAGUGCCAUACGAAUUACAUUCCUGUCUGUGGAUCAAAUGGGGACACGUACCAAAAUGAAUGCUUUCUCAGAAGGGCUGCUUGUAAGCACCAGAAAGAGAUAACAGUAGUAGCAAGAGGACCGUGCUACUCUGAUAAUGGCUCUGGAUCUGGAGAAGGAGAAGAGGAAGGGUCAGGGGCAGAAGUUCACAGAAAACACUCCAAGUGUGGACCCUGCAAAUAUAAAGCUGAGUGUGAUGAAGAUGCAGAAAAUGUUGGGUGUGUAUGUAAUAUAGACUGCAGUGGAUACAGCUUUAAUCCUGUGUGUGCUUCUGAUGGGAGUUCCUAUAACAAUCCCUGUUUUGUUCGAGAAGCAUCUUGUAUAAAACAAGAACAAAUUGAUAUAAGGCAUCUUGGUCAUUGCACAGACACAGAUGACACUAGUUUGUUGGGAAAGAAGGAUGAUGGACUACAGUAUCGACCAGAUGUGAAAGAUGCUAGUGAUCAAAGGGAAGAUGUUUAUAUUGGAAACCACAUGCCUUGCCCUGAAAACCUCAAUGGUUACUGCAUCCAUGGAAAAUGUGAAUUCAUUUAUUCUACUCAGAAGGCUUCUUGUAGAUGUGAAUCUGGUUACACUGGACAGCACUGUGAAAAGACAGACUUUAGUAUUCUCUAUGUAGUGCCAAGUAGGCAAAAGCUCACUCAUGUUCUUAUUGCAGCAAUUAUUGGAGCUGUACAGAUUGCCAUUAUAGUAGCAAUUGUCAUGUGCAUAACCAGAAAAUGCCCUAAAAAUAAUAGAGGACGACGACAGAAGCAAAACCUAGGUCAUUUUACUUCAGAUACGUCAUCCAGAAUGGUCUGA